AUGGAGUUAAGCUGCAUGGUGGUAAGCAGCCUGCCUGCCAUCCUCUUGGUUCUGCAUCUGGGUCUGAUCCCCAUUAAGGCUCAGCAGAAUGAACUACAGGUUGGAGUUGCAGGCCAGGAGGUGAUCCUGAACUGCAGGGGCAUACCUCCUAACACAGGUGUGACAUGGAAGUACUAUAAGGCUGUCAUAAGGUCGUUUACAACCUCUCCUUUGAAAGGCAGAGCCGCAAUGGCUGAUCGCUCCCAUAUUGACCCAAGCAGCAAGCACCUGAAGCUGAUGGACUUAAGGAUGUCUGAUGUUGGCAUCUACACCUGUGCAUAUGGCUCUCACACAGUCACCAUCUCACUGCAUGUCUUUAACUUGACAGUCUCUUCAGAUGGGCACUUUCUGCCCAGUGAUGUCCCAGAGCUGACUUUAAUGCAAAACUCAACCCACCGUCCGCCUGACCUCAACAUCACACUGUUUGACAGUAACAAUAAGACAGUCAGACCACAACUCUUGCAAAACAAGACCACUCAAAAGUACACCCUGAAGUUGAAGCAACUGGAGGCCACAGACAGCGGCACCUGGGUGUGUCACAUCCAUUCAGACUCCCCGCCCAUCAAUCACAACAUCUUCUUUGAUGUCAAGGUACUAGGUUUUCAGAAUCCAGAUUUGGAACGACAGUAUGCAACUGUGGGUAGCACAGCCACCUUGUCAUGGCACCUGAACUCCCACGAGAUACAGUGGAAUAAAGAUUUCACAGGAGAACUGCACUGGGCACAACAUGAAGGUGCAACUGCUCAUAAGCUACUCGAUUUCAACAUCACAGCCCAAGGACAGCAGCAUGAGAUGAUAAGAAGCAGCCGCUUUCAGCUGGAGAUACCCAAAAGCACACCUAAAAAUACCAUGGAGGUGAAACUCCCCAAAGUCCAUUUCAACUACUCUGGGCAGUACCUGUGCCAGCUGAUGUACGAGGGGAAACACACAGAGAGCAAGAUAGAGCUGGUGGUGAUGAAAGUCUCUGCUAACCCUGUGGGGCCACUCCUCAGAGGGACCAGCAUGACCCUGAUCUGCCAGGUCUCUAGUCACCUCCCACCCAAUGCCCACUUGCGCUGGGAGCGGGUGAACGGCACUCAGAUGGACACCAAGCGCUCAAAGCAGAACGAAGCGAAGGUGGAGGUGAAUGUCAGCGCUGCAGGGCUGUGGAACUGUCACCUCAUAGAAGAUGGCCACAGGAAGAUCAGCCUUAACUACCCCGUGGAGGAAGCUCCUGCUUGGACCAGCUAUGUGGUGAUUGGAGCAAGUGUUGGAGGCAGUGUUUUGGUGCUUAGCCUCGUGUGCCUGUGCAUCAUUAGUGGUGUGAGAUGGCAGCAGAGAAGGCAACGGGCAAGAAAGAUGGCACAAGCAAGGCAAUACUUGCUGGAAAACAAGACAUGCCAGUGUCACCACCAGCUGAAGAAAUAG